GCAUAUAUUUACUUCUGUAUGUUGCUGUAAGUAGUAAUCUUAAAAUGAUUAAGUUUCAACAGUUGUUCAAUCUUCACUAGAUAAUAAAAUGUCUGCGGAUUUUCCAUUGGCGUGUUCUGUUUUCUGCACACGUGUGCCCAUCAGCUGUCAUUGCGCUUGCCGUAGACGGCGUUUAUGUAAAACCAUGAUGGCGGCGUCCUGUGCGAGAACGCUUGGUAAGGUCGCACGAAUAGUUUUAGACACGCCAACAUGCCGAUUAACAAAUAACGCCGCACUAUUAACUAGAAAUUAUAUGAGGGGUCAAGUUAAGACUUACUGUGUCAGCAGCGGUUUCAAAUCCAGACCGGUGCGUGGAAGAAUCCUGGGGUCCGCCUUCUUGCUUGGUGGUGGUUUCGGGUUGUACCAGACCGUCAAACUCCAGUUCCAGCAUCACCUUGCAGCUGAGAAAAUUCAAGCGCCCGGGCUGGCAACAGAUCCAAAGUUGACUCUGUAUCAGUACAAGACCUGUCCGUUCUGCAGCAAAGUACGAGCCUUCUUGGAUUAUCAUGACUUUUCAUAUGAAAUUGUGGAGGUCAAUCCUGUUAUGCGUCAGGAGAUCAAAUGGUCCACUUACAGAAAAGUUCCCAUCCUGAUGGUGGACGGGACAGUGCAAAUCAAUGACUCUUCUGUAAUUAUUAGUGCUUUGAAGACCUACCUGAUCACCAAGGAAAAAACAAUACCUGAGGUUUUGUCUUGCUAUCCUGAGAUGAAGUCGAAGAAUGACAGCGGAAAAGAUGUGAUAGAGUUCGGAAAUAAAUACUGGGUCAUGGUGAACAACGAGGAUGCUGAUCACCUGUAUCCAGAAAAGGAUUCCAGAAAGGAGGAAAUCAAAUGGCGCAAGUGGGCAGAUGAUUGGCUGGUGCAUCUCAUUUCACCUAAUGUUUACCGUACACCCACAGAAGCCCUCGCCUCCUUUGACUACAUAGUAAGAGAAGGCAAAUUCGGCACCUUUGAGGGCUUUUUUGCCAAGUAUUUGGGAGCUGCUGCCAUGUGGGUCAUUUCAAAAAGAUUAAAAAAAAGACACAACUUGCAGAAUGAUGUAAGACAGGAUCUUUACAAGGCAGUCAAUGAGUGGGUGGCAGCAAUUGGGAAAAACAAGAAAUUCAUGGGUGGAGAUCAACCAAACCUUGCGGAUCUGGCUGUCUUUGGAGUUCUGAGAGUAAUGGAAGGUCUUCAGGCUUUUGAUGAUAUGAUGGAAAAUACUAAAGGGAAGAACUGGUACAGACGCAUGCAGAAGGCCACACAACAUGUGUCAUAAAAUCAAUGCCUCUCUCAUCUCAUUCAACCUGAAGCACUUGAUACCACAGCUCAAAUCAAAAAGCAAGUUUGAUGUCAUCUAUUGGUAGAUUCAUCCUUUUGCAAUAUUAAAGCUAGGUUCCUUGAAACAUUGCUUUGCUUGGAAUGUACAUUAUGUAACUAUACAUUUAAUUUGAGGAGAUUGUCAAAAAAGUGCUCGCAGCAUAGAAUGUGUUUCUGAAAGUUUUAUUCAUGGUUUGGUAAUAAGUUGCUCUAUGAUUUAAGGAUUGCUUAUACUGUAAAAAAAUGAACCGAAUGAUAUAAAACAUAAAAAUAGAUGAUUCACAGACCUACUUGUGAUUGGCUGUUACUCUUUUGCUGUUCUAAUUUUCUUUACACAUCGAUAACCAAAAAAGGUUUGGUCCAUUUUCAACAAUGACGGUUCUUGAUUUUUGUGGCUUUUAAAUUCUUUUUUUGUUCAUUUAGCGAUAGAGUUCAGCUCUGAUAUAACAUUGUAGAGGCUUACAGUCUACCUCAGUGUGGUAUCAUGCUCUCCUGUUCAUGAACUCCCAUUCUAAGUGUGAAAGUCAUUAUCAGAUGUGUGGUUUACUUGAUGUUUAAUGAGGUGGCUUUAACCAACAUGUUAUAACCUUUUGUUUUCAAAGGGUUCAACUUAAAACCUAGUCUUGCGAGUAAUAGUUAUUGAAAGUUUGCUUAACAUGCAAGACUAUUAUGUAUUCUUAACUUAAAGUACCUGUCUAUGCAUCAUCUUUUGAUAUUAUGGUUAUGAUUGGGGUGGACAAUGUCAUAAAAAUAUUAGUAAAAUAAAUAAAAUCCUAA